ACCUCCCAGCUGUACCCCUCUCCUCAGUCAACCCCUUUCUCCUUCCCAAACUACCAGCACGUGAUGCCGCUGCUGAGAUGUGUGUGUCACUUCAGGCCAUAAAAGUGAAGAGGGAGAGAGAGAGAGAGAGAGAGAACAAAAGGCAGAGAGGAGUAUAAAUCCACAGCUGGAUUCUCAUGCACACUGACAAGCACCGGACAGCUCCUCCGCGCGCACACACACAGAGCAAGCAGGGAGAGAGCCAGAGCCACAGACAAAGACACCUACACAGACUCACAGGGAAAAGACUUAUGUAAAGGACUUGUGUAAUAACUUGCACUUGGGAAACACUUGUAGCCAUUGUAUCACACUCACCCUACAGCUUGUGAGAAUGCAUCUCCUCAUCCUUCUACCUGCACUGUGUGUACUUGGAGCUCACUCAGCCCCUCUGUCAUACACUUACCUUCAGCACAGAAUCCAGGGACUGCUCAAUGCUCACGGUUCAUGGAACCCCCCACGCUGUGGAGUACCAGAUAUUCCUGCCCCUCUAGAUUCCUCCAGUGGUCGAAAUCGUCAGAAACGGUUUGUCCUGUCGGGAGGACGCUGGGACAAGACAAACCUGACGUACAAGAUCAUCCGUUUCCCAUGGCAGCUAAGUAAGGUGAAAGUGAGACGCACUAUUGCAGAAGCCCUAAAGGUAUGGAGCGAGGUUACCCCUUUGACUUUCACUGAGGUGCAUGAAGGACGCUCUGAUAUCAUAAUUGACUUCACACGGUACUGGCAUGGAGAUAAUCUCCCAUUUGAUGGUCCGGGGGGUAUCUUGGCACAUGCUUUCUUCCCAAAAACCCAUCGAGAGGGGGAUGUACAUUUUGAUUAUGAUGAAGCUUGGACUAUUGGAAACAAUAUAGGUACAGACCUACUUCAAGUAGCUGCCCAUGAGUUUGGUCAUAUGCUCGGCCUGCAGCAUUCUUCUAUCUCCAAAUCGCUUAUGUCACCAUUUUACACAUUCCGUUACCCACUAAGCCUUAGUGCAGAUGACAAGCAUGGCAUACAAUUUUUGUAUGGGGCUCCGCGUCCUCCGACUCCUUCCCCAACCCCUAGGGUGGAGGUCAACCAGGUGGAAAAUGAGAGUAAUGAGAUUCCUGCGGCAGAGCCUGAUGCAUGCAAAACUAAUUUUGAUGCGGUGUCUACAAUUCGUGGAGAGUUAUUCUUCUUCAAGUCUGGUUAUGUAUGGCGCCUUCGUGGUGGGAAAUUGCAGAAUGGCUACCCAGCCCUGGCAUCACGCCACUGGCGAGGGAUCCCUGAUACAGUCGAUGCAGCAUUUGAAGAUUCUGUGGGAAACAUCUGGUUCUUCUAUGGCUCACAGUUUUGGGUCUUUGAUGGGAAGCUGCAGGCGUCGGGGCCCUUUCCAAUUACUGACAUUGGCAUAUCAGUGACACAGAUUCAGGCCGCCUUCGUGUGGGGUACAGAAAAGAACAAGAAAACCUAUCUGUUUAGGGGUGGAGAAUACUGGCGAUUCAACCCAGAAACUAGACGAGUGGAAAGCCGGCACUCACGGAGGAUUGGAGACUGGAGAGGGGUACCUAAAGGCAUUGAUGCUGCUUUCCAGGAUGAACAAGGUUAUGCCUAUUUUGUAAAAGGACGACAGUACUGGAAAUUUGACCCGUUCAAAGUUCGUGUCAUGGAUGGGUAUCCUCACCUGAUCAGUCAAGAUUUCUUCAACUGUCAAGCAAGCUCUACAUUUGUUAAUUCAUUAAGAUGAGCCGGCUCAUGUUUCUUACCUUGGAUUGCAGGGAGUACUCUGUAAUACAGACUGGCCAGGCAGGACCACAGGGCCCAUAUCUGACUCACUGAUUUGCAAUUCAGAAUGCAAUGGGAUCAGUAGAAUUGCAAUAUGGUCUCACAUACACCAUUUGGAAUGUGAACCCUCAAAAAUCCAGCUACUUGGUAUGGGAAAUACAAACAGAAUUAAAACAUAUUUUACCUUAUAUUGGAAAACAGCAUAUCUGUUUUGAAUUUCUCCAGGCAUGUUACCUAGGAUGGAAAUCAGCAUCCCCAAACACUUUGCAGAGCUCUAAGACUGUGUUGUGUGUUUCAGACACUGGGAUCUUCACACUUUCUUUGUUGCACAAGCCAUUUGAAGUUAGCCAUGCAGUUUGCUUUAAUACCAAUGCUAUGUUCUCACAAUACCUCUGUCAGUGCUGGACACUGAUCCUGAUAUGAAACUCUUCAAGUGUGGAUGUUUUUGGAGAUUUUUUUUUCUUGUGACUUUUUUUUUAUCAUUUACUGAUAAAUAUGACUGCUCUAUUUGCUCAUAGAUAGUGCUAAACUUUGGAUUGUCCAACAAAAUUGUCUACAAUUAUCCAAAAAUAACAAGCCACAUUAGAAAAAAAAUUCUAUGUGAAAUCUCGAAAAAUCUAAAAUAGAAGAAGAAAAGGUUAAAUAUGAAAGGGAAUAGAAUUUUGGUAAAUCUGAAACCUAAAAAUCUGAAUGAAAUAUUUAACAACUAUUGUGCAUGGGGUUGAGAAAGACAACAAGCUUGUGUUUACCCACACGUUUGAAGUUGACAUGUCUGCUGUUAUAAGCAAACAGAGAUUGAGCAGGGAAAUUCACCUAGGGGUAAGGAUUACUGACUUUCUUGUAGGUUCAUUGCAAUUUGUCAUUUAGCAAAUAAUCCCUAAAACAGCAUAUUCCAAUAAUGUUCCUUAUAAACCAAUUGACUACAAAGUCAUAUUGGGAUGGCUGAAUACUAGAUAAACCAAACUAGUGAAACCAGCCAGCAGCAAUUAAAAGUUUAAUAAACAAUAAAAGCUUUUAUGCCUUAUUUUAUAGGGGUCAGUUUACCACUCCUUUGACAGUCACUCUAUUCGGUUCAGCACCAUGUAGCCAACUACACAGUUGCAUCCAAUGUGUGUUUUAAUUACUAAUGUGAAUGUUAUUUUGUACAUAAAUACAUUUUUGUAUGUUUUAUAUAUGUAAUAAAUUUGCUUUGUUUUAUAAA